GACGUCGCGGUUACAGGCUCAAACGGGCCCAGCGUGGUGUACUCGGGACGUUAUACGUUAUACGUCGUCGUAUAGUUCGUGUGGUUGUCGCGAUUGUUCGUUUUGAAUUGUCAGUGUUGUACGCCCGCUGAGUUUGAGUGAUUUUCACCAAUCUGUGUGGUUCGUCGAAUAACGUUCACCACGUGCGUAGAGUAUUAAAUAAGCGAAUAAAUAAAAAAAAAAAGCUAAUCGCUUAAACGAAAAUGACUUCAAAAAAUGACCAAAGUCUAUCGACGAGCGGCAGUCUCCGAAUAACGUCGUUACACGCGAACGGUUCCAAAAGCGUGGACGACAACGAGAAUCGUCAGGACGGCGGCAAUAAGGCUUCGCUAUCAGCCGUCAAGUGGCACUCGGCGCCGUCCGCGGGACUCGAAGACGGCCGACAGUCAUCGGCGUCCGUAAACAAGUCACCGGGCACGACGACCGAAUUGUCCGUGGCCGGUGGCGGUAGUUGGAGAUCACUUCAGAGACAAAAAGUAGUGACCACAGCGCCAACGCUUGAAGACGACGAGGACGGACGUCCGGCGACUGUGGCGGCGACCGAAACUGACCGGUCACCACGAAAACGAUCAGCGGCGGUGCGUCGCGGUUACAGUUGCCAGGAGCCAUGCGCCGCCCGUCGGCCGAUGACGAUGAACACGUGUGGUUGCGUGGCCGUUGGUGGGGUAGGUGGUGCCAUCACGGCAGCUGGCGAGAACAGGAGGCGCUGGCUGUCCGCGGAGACAGGUGGCAGUGGCCACGGUACCAGCCGGUCGAUGGAGUGCCUGCCGUCACCGCAACCUCCAACCACGCCACACCUGCACCGCACUAGCUUUAUAAUGGCCGCGGAUGACCGCAAAUCACUAGACAGCGGCCUGGAUGACGUGGGGGCCACGGCCGCAGCCGCCGAGAUGGCGGACCGCCGACGCGGCAUGUUCGCGUCCACCCGGACGUCCGUGCCGUCGCAUCUGUCGCUCGCUUUACCAUCGUGCGAGCGCCGCUUGACCAUACUUUCGCCUCACACACACACGCCGUCAACGCCCGCCGCUUUUUACUCAUCGUCGUCGUCCACCGAGACCGCUUGGCACUUUUGCACGUCAUCUACCGCUGCCGCCAUGUCGUCAUCCAUAUCGUUCGGACCGCACUCGUCCGCAACCGCAGCCACGUCCACAGCCACCACCGCUUGCAGGCCCCGCAAGAAGUCCCGGCCCGGCAUGGUGUUGCCCCGUCUCGUGCUUCCUGGAAGCUCCGACAUAGAUAUAUUUUCACAUUUUGAUGUGGAAAAUGGAGCUGGCACUAGUCCUGGUAGAUCACCGCUGGACGGUGGAGGUACAUCCCCAUCAGCUGGACUGGUGCUUCAAAAUUUGCCACAGCGUCGGGAGUCAUUCCUAUACAGAUCUGACUCAGAUUUCGAAGUUUCGCCAAAGUCUAUGUCCAGGAACUCGUCCAUUGCCAGUGAAAGAUUGAAAGAGACUGAAGCCAUUUUGGAAAGAUCAACCCAUGGUGAAGAUCUCAUCGUUACACCGUUUGCACAAAUACUGGCGAGCCUACGAAGCGUCCGCAAUAACUUCUUAAGCCUCACCAAUGUACCAUCACAAAAGUCUCGGAGAUCAUCCGGCGCCGCUGGCAACAGUACCCCGCAAAGCCGAGUUGUCAAUCCCGGAGAUGAUGCAUAUCUCAAGAUGUCCAUUGAGACUAUCGAGGAACUGGAUUGGUGUUUGGAUCAAUUGGAAACCAUCCAAACACAUAGAUCAGUUUCAGACAUGGCAUCAUCAAAGUUCAAAAGGAUGCUUAACAAAGAGCUUAGUCACUUCUCCGAGUCUAGUAAAUCUGGAAAUCAAAUAUCUGAAUACAUUUGUUCUACGUUUCUUGACAAACAACAGGAGCUGGAUAUACCGUCGCUGCAUACCGAUGAAAAUCAACAAGAUGAGGGGCGGCAAAUCACUAAUAAAGCGUCGUCGUCCUCCGGUGCGUCAACCAAUUCACAAUCUGGCGCACAGUCCAAGAAAAAAGACGUUAAAUCCAAAGUAACGCCGAUGUCACAUAUAUCGGGUGUAAAAAGGGCCUUAUCGCACACAAACAGUUUCGCCGGCGAACGAUUGCCGAAAUUCGGCGUGGAUACACCCAAGGAGGAGGAAUUGGGACACACUUUGGCUGAAAUAGACAAAUGGGGUAUCGAUAUAUUCCGGAUAGCCGAUCUGACCAACAACCGACCGCUGACGGCCAUAGCGUACACCGUGUUCCAGAACCGAGAGCUAUUGAAAACGUUCAUGAUUCCAGCAAAAACGUUCGUUGCGUUCAUGAUGACCCUAGAGGAUCAUUACGCCAAAGACAAUCCUUUCCACAACAGCACUCACGCGGCGGACGUCGUCCAGUCCACCAACGUUCUGCUGAACUCACCGGCUUUGGAGAGUGUUUUUACUCCACUGGAAAUCACCGCCGCUCUUUUUGCGGCCGCCAUACACGACGUCGACCAUCCCGGACUGACUAAUCAGUUUCUCAUCAACUCAAGUUCUGAAUUAGCUCUAAUGUACAACGACGAAUCCGUGCUGGAAAACCAUCAUUUAGCAGUGGCUUUCAAACUUUUACAAAAUGACGGAUGUGACAUAUUCCAGAAUAUUAAUAAAAAACAAAGACAGACUCUGAGAAAAAUGGUUAUCGACAUGGUACUUUCCACUGACAUGUCAAAACAUAUGAGUCUGUUGGCUGACCUCAAAACUAUGGUAGAAACAAAAAAAGUAGCCGGUUCCGGGGUACUGUUGCUGGACAACUACACCGACAGAAUACAAGUCUUGCAAAACUUGGUACAUUGCGCGGACUUGAGUAACCCCACCAAACCGUUGGAACUAUAUAAACGAUGGGUCGACCUGUUGAUGGAGGAAUUCUUCCAGCAGGGUGACAAAGAGCGAGAACAAAACCUAGACAUCAGCCCGAUGUGCGACAGGCACAGUGCUACGAUCGAAAAAUCACAGGUCGGUUUCAUCGAUUACAUCGUGCACCCUUUGUGGGAGACGUGGGCUGACUUAGUGCAUCCUGAUGCCCAGGAAAUACUCGACACCCUCGAAGAAAACAGAGACUGGUACCAGAGUAUGAUUCCACCCAGUCCACCCGCGGACGAGUCCGAAGACCGCGAGAGCGGUGACGACGAUGAAUCAAAGCCCUCGGCCAGUGACCAGGACCCGAAUAUCAGGUUCCACGUGACGCUUGAGGAAGGUGACGAAGACUCGGUGGCCGCGAUGUGACGCAAACUAGUCGGCUGGUGUCGCAAGCUGGGCGAAAAAGUCAACUCCUGGUGGAGGACCAAACAAUGAGCAAAACAAUUAGCGACUCACCUGGUCUCCGUUUAGGAGAAAAAUAAAAAAUACCACAGCGCCCCUUGUCCCCAAGAAUUGCAUGGUGUGUCCGUGUAUCUGUGUGUAUGCGUGUGCGUGUAUGGAAUCUAUCCAAAACGCUUUUUUCUGUCUAUGUAAAAAAAAAAAAAAACAAGUUUAAAAAAAGAUAAUGAUUAAUGAUAAUAAUAAAAGAAAAAUGAAAAAAAAAUUAAUUAACUGCAAAUUCCUUUAAUCUCAUUUAAAUUUAGUUAUAAUAUAAUAUAUAAAACGCGAAUAAAUAAAAAAAAAACUUUAUUAUUAUUAAUAAUUUGAUGUAAUUUUGUUGUUAUACAUUUAGGUACGUAUUAUUAAUUAUUAAUUAAUGUUAGCUUGUGUUGUUCGGAGAGAGAAUUUGCUCGUUUGUUUGUUUGUUUGUUUUUAUUAUUAUUGAAUACCGUUUUCGUAGUUGUUCUUCAUUUGAUUUUUCAAAUAAUUAUCUUUCUUGUUUAGUCAUUAUUUUAAUAUUUAUUGAUGUUAUAGCUGUUUAAUAAAAUGAAAUGAUGUUAAACAUAAGAAUAUAUACAAUUAACUAUUGUCAUAAUUAAUAGUUAUAUUAUUAAUCUUAUAUCUUUCGGACAUAUAAUUUUAAGUAAUAUAAACAAAUGUAUAUCCCUGAAAUGAACCUAACCUGACUAAUAUAUCGUGUGACUAAGUAACGUGGGUUUUUCGAUCAUAUUGUAAGCAAUGGAAUUUCGGCUUUGAUAAUUUUUUAUAUACAUUAUACAUAUAUGUAUUUUUUUUACUUGUAUUAUUCAAGUUGCUAUAAAAAAUAAAUACAACACUUUAAUUUAGAUUUUUUUAACAUUUCCAAGAAAAUUUCGAUCUUAUUUAAAUUCAUCGUUUGGUGUACAAUUGGUAUUUAAAAAAAUCUGAAAUUAAAAAUUAUAUUCAAAUCGUAAUUUAGAAAAUUGGAUUUUAUUCAGUUUUAAUAAUUAUUUUGUAUGAAUCAAUGGUAAAAUAACCAUAUUUAUAUUUAUAAUUUUACCAAGUCGAAAUAAAUAAAUAAAUCGAAAUUUAAAAUAUGGUUUUAAACUAUUUUAUCAUCGUUAUAGUUUUUACAUAUUUUAUCAUUUUCGUUUAAUAUUGUCUGUACUAUACGACAUGACUUAUUAAAAUGUCUCCAAAAACCUUCGAUUAAGGCUGUGAUUUUCUUUUGCCUGCUUACCACAAUAUAUACACGUUACUUUUUUAGGUUGGGUUCUUACAUUUUCCGUUCUAUUCUAAUAGAUUCAAAAAUAUAUAAUAUAUUUGCAGAUUCCAUUUGUCAAUUCACUUGCAUUUCUCAUCCGAUAGUAUUUUAUUUAUUAUUUACUAUUUAGGUAUACUUGCAAAUGUAAUGUUACCUUUCUUUGUAUUUACAAAUGUAUAUAUUAUAUAUAUAUAUAUAUGUAUAUGUAUACAUUUGUUGAAUUUAAUAAUUAUUAGUAUGUAUUCAUUUUAUAAUUUAAAUGACUAGUCAAUUUUACGCCAAAUAUUUGUACAAAUUGUAUUACCCUCCCUGCCCCUCCAUCUCCAUUUUUAAGUUUAUUUAAUAUUCUUUUUUCUAAAAACCACGUUUGUCUAUUGACUGUCUAUUUUAUAUAAGCUUGGUAAUUCAGGGUCCCCGAUUUUUGUCCAAAUUCCUAUUUACUUUUUUUAUAAUAUAUAUAUAUAUAUAUAUAUAUUUAUUUAAAAUAUAAUUAAUAAUAAAUACUAAACGUGUAAAUAAUAUACGUCUCUUCCUAUAUUACGUGUAAAAUAAUAUACAAUAGAUACAUAUACAUAUAUCACCAUAAUAUAUGUACAAUAUACAAUAUAUAUAUAUUCCAUUUAAAUUACGGAGAAUAUCUUUCGCGAGCCUUAGUUAUUGUCAUAUUAUUACAAUAUCAUCUUUUGCAUCUGUUGAUAACACACAUCCUAAUUACAUAAUAUUAUAUAACAAUACACUACGGCCGUUUAGUGUGUACCACUUUGUUUGUUUCUAAAGGAUCUAACGAGCGGUGCUUAAUUAAUAAUUUGAAUUUAAGAACAAUUUUAUUUAUCUGUGUUGUAUUCAAAGUUAAAUGCACAUCGAGUAUAUAUAUAUUUAUAUAUUAUAUGAACGUACAUCAUACGUGUCUGUAUGUGUUUAUAAAAAUAUAUAUAUUUACAUAAAUAUUAUUAUUAUUAUUAUUAUUAUUAUUAUUAUGUCUAUAGGUCUGUAAUUUUGUACCAAAUAGAUCGAAUAAAAUAUGAAAACUCGGUACAAUA